CCCUGGGAUGACCUGGAACGAAAAGAGCGAGCCAAAUUGGGUCGGGCACCUCGUGCUGAAGCGUCGCAUGGCAGGAAACCCAUUGCUUGUCUUCGACUAUGCUGUCGGGGGCCAAGAUCUGGAGGGCUUUCGUCAACAGGUCAGAAUCAACUAUUCCAACUCUAUAGCUACCAAGCCGGGAUGGGCUCCCUGGACCGCCGAAGACACGUUGUUCGUGUCUUGGAUUGGUAUCAACGACUGCGGGAAGUUCUACGGACACUUUGAUAACGCCGUAGCUUCUGACGCUUAUCAGGAGAGACUCUUUCAGUCUUUGCAUGAGGUGUACGGCACUGGAGCACGGAACUUCUUGUUCAUCGAUGUGCCUCCAAUGGAGCGUGCUCCAGGAUUACGGCGGGCAAACGCAGUCACCCGUGCGGCCAUGUAUAGCCGCUGGAACACUUCCUUACAUUCAGGCGUGCAACGCUUCGCAAACAGCCACGACGACGCCUCAGUGAUGCUCCUCUCGUCCCAUGAGCUCUUCCACAAAGUGCUCGCUAAUCCUGAGAACUACGACCUUGACGAGAGCGAGGUCAAUGACGAGGGUGGUCCUGUCUGGUUUGACUACAUUCAUAUUACUUCGAAGAUGCACGGCAUUGUCGCGAGUGCGAUAGAACAGUUCCUGUCUGCGCAAGCGCCCCUAGGUAGCGGCUGAUACAACCCCGGUCAAGAGCACACGCACACCCCUGUAUGUAGAAAGCUGUAUCUCAAGCAGCUCUCCCACCUCUCCGCCUUCACUUUCCCUCUGUAUACUACAUUCUCUCACUAAAAUGAUGAGCUCAG